AUGGCUGCCGAUCGCGCCGCCGCCUCUGGCAUUGAUGCCGGAGAGGGCCUUCGCCAGCGCGCUGUCGGCCCGUCGCAGGUUUCCCCUGCCGCGCCGCAGCCUGUCGAUGACAAGAAGCUGACCAAAAAGGCUCCUACCGUCCUCGACACCUUCAACCAGUGGGAGCCCAUCUUUGCCCCGCUGAUUUUCACGGCGUUGGCCUUCUUCACCCGUCUCUGGAAAAUUGGCAUUAGCGACAUUGUUACCUGGGACGAAGCUCACUUCGGCAAAUUCGGAUCCUACUACAUCAAGCACGAAUACUACUUCGAUGUCCACCCCCCGCUGGGCAAGAUGCUCGUUGGUCUCUCUGGUGUCAUGGCUGGUUACAACGGUUCCUUUGAAUUCAAGUCGGGCGACAAGUACCCUGAAGAAGUCAACUAUACCUUUAUGCGCGCUUUCAACGCCUUCUUUGGUAUUGUCUGUAUCCCCAUGGCCUACUACACUGCCAAGGAGCUCAACCUUCGCCGCCCUGCCGUCUGGUUCGUCACACUCAUGGUCCUCUGCGAAAACUCGUACACCACCAUCAGCCGGUUCAUUCUCCUCGACUCCAUGUUGCUUUGCGGCACCGUCGCCACCGUCUUUUGCUGGGCCAAGUUCCACAACCAGCGCCGCAACAGCUUCGAGCCCGAGUGGUUCCUCUGGCUCUUCCUCACCGGUAUCAGCAUUGGUUGCGUCUGCAGUGUCAAGCUGGUCGGUCUCUUUGUUACUGCUCUCGUCGGCAUUUACACGGUUGAGGAUCUCUGGAACAAGUUUGGCAACACCAAAAUGCCCGUCACCACCCUAGGCGCUCACGUUGUCACCCGCGUUGUUGGUCUCAUCAUCGUGCCCUUCCUCAUCUACAUGCUCUCGUUUGCUCUCCACUUUGCCAUCCUCAGCAAGAGUGGACCUGGUGAUGCCCAGAUGAGCUCCCUCUUCCAGGCCAACCUCGAGGGCACCGACGUCGGCAAGGACAGCCCCCUCGAGAUCGCCAUUGGCUCUCGCGCCACUCUUAAGAACAUGGGCUACGGUGGUGGUCUCCUCCACUCCCACGUCCAGACCUACCCAGAGGGCUCUCAGCAGCAGCAGGUCACUUGCUACCACCACAAAGACUCGAACAACGACUGGUUCAUCUACCCCAACCGCUUCGAGCCCGACUACGAUGCCAACGCUACCGACAUUCGCUACAUUUCCGAUGGCUCCAUCAUUCGUCUCAUCCACGCCUCUACUGGUCGCAACCUGCACUCGCACGAAAUUGCUGCCCCCGUGACCAAAUCUGACCGCGAAGUUUCCUCGUACGGUAACCUGACCGUUGGUGACGACAAGGACCACUGGCAGGUCGAGGUUGUCCGUGACGCCGCCUCGCGCGACCGCAGCCGCAUCCGCACCCUAGCUACUGGAUUCCGUCUCAAGCAUCCUGUCCUCGGCUGCUAUCUCCGCGCUGGCAACACCAAUCUUCCCCAGUGGGGUUUCAAGCAGAUUGAGGUGACCUGCACUCCCAGUAACAACCCGAGAGACGCCUACACGCACUGGAACGUUGAGUCGCAUUGGAACGAGAAGCUCCCUGCUAGUGAUCCCGGCUCGUACAAGUCUCCCUUUUUCCACGACUUCAUCCACCUCAACGUCGCCAUGAUGACCUCGAACAACGCCCUGGUUCCCGACCCCGACAAGCAAGAUGAUCUCGCUUCCCAGUGGUGGCAGUGGCCCAUUCUGCACGUCGGCCUUCGCAUGUGCGGCUGGGACGACAACAUUGUCAAGUAUUUUCUCCUCGGCAACCCCUUUGUCUACUGGGGCUCGACCGUGUCCCUGGGCCUCGUCGGUCUGGUUGUCGUUUGGUACGUUUUACGCUGGCAGCGUGGCUUCAAGGACCUCAACGAGCAGGAGAUUGAUCAGAUCCACUACGCUGGCAUCUACCCUGUGCUCGGCUGGUUCCUCCACUACCUGCCCUUUGUCAUCAUGGCGCGCGUCACCUACGUCCACCACUACUACCCGGCUCUGUACUUUGCCAUUCUCGCCCUCGGCUUCUUUGUCGACUGGAUGGUGAGAAACCGCAGCCAGGCGAUCCAGGGCGCCGUGUACGGUAUCUUGUACUCUGUCAUUGUUGGUCUCUACAUUACAUUUAUGCCCGUUUGCUGGGGCAUGACGGGUCCCAACCAGCAGUACUCGUACAUGAAGUGGUUCGAGUCGUGGCGCAUCAGCGACUAA